GUUGUUGGAUGUCUUAGCUGAAAUGAAGGAUCCACGCGGAUUAUCUGGAGAAGUUUUGGUAAAUGGAGCCCCUCGACCAGCCAGUUUCCCACAUCAUUCAGGUUAUGUGGCACAAAGCAAUCCUGUGAUGGACACCCUGACGGUGAGAGAAAACUUACAGUUCUCAGCGGCUCUUCAGCUUCCAACUAUGACAAAUAAUGAAAGAAAGGAAUGGGUUAACAAGGUCAUUCAAGAGUUAGGCCUGAGAACAGUGGCUGAUUCCAAGGUAAUGUGAAAAAACCCGAUAGAAAAAAGGACCUGUAUAUCAAUGGAGCUGAUUAGUGAUCCUUCCAUCUUGUUCUUGGAUGAACGCACAACUGGUUUAUACUCAAGCAUAGCAAUUUCUGUCCUUUCAUUCCUGAAAAGCAUUUCUGAGCAGGGAAGAACAAUCAUCUUCACCAUUCAUCAGCCUCGCUAUUCCAUUUUCAAGCUGUUUGACAGCCUCACCUUAUUGGCCUCAGGAAAACUAAUGUACCAUGGUCCUGCACAGGAGGCUUUGGAGUACUUCAAAUUAGCAGGCUACCAGUGUGAGCCCUACAACAACCCUGGAUACUUCUUUGUGGAUGUGCUUACGAGAGACUUCUCUGCUGUGGUAUUAAAUAGAAAGGAAGAAGACAGUGAAGCUAAUGGGGUCAAACAGAUUUCCAAGAGAGAAAAGCCAGUUGUAGACACAUUAGCUGAAUUUUAUGCCAACUCCUCUUUCUACAGAAACACAAAAGCUAUAUUACAGGAGCUCUCAGAUGGACAGAAGAGGAACUCAGGCUUUAAGGAGAUCACUCACGUCACCUCGUUCUGCUAUCAGUUCAGAUGGAUUCUCUGGCGUGCAUUCAAAAACCUUAUAGGUUUCCCCAGGGUCACUAUUCCUCAGAUGUUUGCCACAUUCAUUCUGGGACUGGUUGGAGGUGCCACUUUCCUUAUGCUAAAAGAUGAUUGUACUGAAGUCCAGAAUAGGGCCUGGGCACUCUAUGUGCUGAUUGUCUUCCAGUGUUUCAGCAGUGUGACUGCUGGGGAGAUCUUUGAGCUCCAGAAGAAACUGUUUAAACAUGAGCACAUCAGUGGAUACUACAGAGUGUUGCCUUAUUUCUUUGGAGAACUGUUAGCUGAAUUAAUACCCAGGAGGUUGUUUCCAACUAUUAUAUUUACUUCUAUACUAUACUUCAUGUUACUGUUGAAACCAGAUGUGGGUGCUUUCUUCAUGCUGAUGUUUAUUGUUUUGCUGGUGGCUUAUGCCACUGGUACCAUGGCACUUGUCCUGGGAGCAGGUGAGAAGACGAUGGACCUAGAGACAAUUUUUGUGAAUGUCUAUUUGGGGAUUAUGAUGGUUUUGUUGGGUAUUUCAGUGAAUUUUGGAACCAUGACACCUUGGCUAUCCUGGCUUGAAUACUUGAGUAUUCCUCAUUAUGGGUAUACGGCUUUGCAGCAUAAUGAAUUUUUGGGACAAAACUUCUGUCCAGAACUCAGUGCAACAGAAAGCAGUGGCUGUGCCAGCUAUGUGAUAUGUACUGGUGAAGAAUUCUUGACAAUCCAAGGCAUUGAUAUCUCACUUUGGGGCUUAUGGAAGAAUCCCCUGAGUUUGACUUGUAUGAUUAUUAUCUUCCUCACAAUUACCUACUUAAAACUGGUAUUUCUUUAAAAAUAUCCUUAA